CGCGAGCAUGCGGCCCUCCGUCGCCGCGCUCGCGGCGCUUCUCAGCGCCGCCGGCGCGUUCCGCGCGCCCACAACACAAACCCGACGGCGGACUGAGCGGCGCGGCUUCUUCGGCUUCGGCGACGACGAGAAGGAGGCGCCGACCCUGGAGCCCUACGAGACGUCGCCCUGGUUCAGCGCGUGCCGGCGGCACCUGGCGACGUGCAUCAUGUGCGCCUUCGAGGAGGAGACGACGCUCAGCGAGCGCGACGCGCAGCUCGAGGCGGCGGCGGCGGACGUGCGCCUGAGAGCGCUCGCGAAGCAGGUGGAAAAGGCGGCGCCCGGCGCGAUGGACGGGCCGUCGGGUGCGGCGCCCUACGGCCUCGCGCGGCUCGCGUGCUGGACCGGCGGCGGCUGCGGGAGCUCGCCCUGGCAGCGCGAGCCCGAGGACUGGGCGCCGGAAGACCUCGCGGCCGCCGACGGCGGAGCCGCGGUGUCCGCAUUAGCGGAGCACCUGCUGGAGAAAUACGAGGCCAUCCCGCCGCUGCGCGCGUCCGUGCUCCUCGACGCGACGUCGGACCCGCAGCGCACGAACCGCGUCGCCCUGCGGUUCCUGCGGGCCUACGCGGCCUCCGGCGGCGGCGAGUCCAGCGUGCGGUCCGCGCUCCAGGCGUUCGCGCCGUCGAUCACGAAGAAGGCCGCGGCGGCCUACUGCGGCAGCCUCGAGGCGGCGCCCCUCGCGGCGCUCCGCAAAGCCCAGGCCAAGGCGCUCGGCGCGCCGGACUGGGUCGGCGACGCCGCGGCGGCGUCGACGUUCGGCGCGCGCGUCAACGAGCCGGUCGUCGAGAGCUUCUUCGACCAGGACGCGCUGCGCUGGUGCGCGACGCACGCCGAGGAGCUCGCGGAGCCGUCGACGGCGAGCCUGGCGCUGGACUAUUUGUGCGAGAUGCGGCGGUCGGACGACGGCUACUCGGCCGCGGGCCGGACUCCCAAGACCGUCGCGGAGCAGAUGGACGCCUACGCGCUGUCGUCGACGGUCUUCGACGACGACGAGGCCUUCCUGCCGAACCCGCGGGGCAUCAAGCCUCUGUUCCUCGAGGGCGCGGUGAUCCCGCGGUCGAACGUGACGGUGCCGUACGACGAGCCCUACAACUUCGGCCACGGGCCCUACGAGCUCGGCCCGGGCACGGACCGCGGCGCGAAACCCAAGACGGUGCGCGUCGAGGAGAUCCUGAGCCUCAAGCGCCUGAUCUACGAGGGCAACCAGCUCGACAACUGCCUCGAGGACCGGCGGUCGAGCCAGGUCAAGUACGUCAUGCGCGCGCGGCAGCGCGUGUCGUCCUUCUGGUCCUUCACGCUGAGCGACGCCGCGGGCAAACUGGACCACGUGCUCCUCCUCGAGGUCUGGCACCUCCGCGGGCAGAACAUCGUCCGCCAGGCCGAGGGGCCGCGGCCGCGGACGCUGCCGUCGCCCGAGGCGUGGCACUGGAUGAAGGUCUGGUGCGAGCGCGAGGGCGUCGACUGGCAGACCUGGGACAUCUACUCCCGCCUCGAGCAGAUCUACCCCGUCGAGCCCCUCUAACUCGUCGCAACAUG